AUGUCGAUGGUUGUGUUCUCAAACAAGAGGAUCUCCCUCUCCUACAACCUCUUCUUCUCGGUUGGGAUCAUCGCUUUCUUCGCUGGCGUCAACCUCUGCCUCCUCUUCCUCCUCUCCAUCGGACGCCUCAACUGCGACAUGAACGACCCAGGGGCGCACGCCAUCUAUGCCAUGCCCCAUGUCUGGUGUCCUGCCCACGGUGACGCGCGGGGCAGCGGGCUGCAUCGUGUCCUCUCCGAGUUCCCUCCCGGGCAGCUUGUGAUCGACGUGGGGGCGUACGACGGCAAGGAGGCGAUCGAGUAUGCGAGCGCAGGGCACAACGUGCUCUCCUUCGAGCCGACCCCCUCCAAGUCCGCCAACAUCAAGAGAAAGAUCCGCAACGCUGACCUCGAAGACAAGAUCACCUUCUACCCCUGGGCCGUCAGUGACAGGUCAGGCGAGGCCCCCUUCGUCGUCAACGUCGGGGUGCACCUGGAGAACGGUAAAUGGGCGAUAAACGAGGGGGAGGAGAAGAACCCCGAGACGAUGGGCAGCGAGCAGGACGGCUUCAGGGUACCAUGGAGCCAUGAGAACUCGACGACCGUCAACGUCAAGGUGGAGAAGCUUGACAACGUGGUCCCCCGGGACAAGUUCGUGCUCUUCAUGAAGGUAGACUCGCAGGGUCAUGACUUCAAGGUGCUCAAGGGCGCUGACCGGCUCCUCUCCGAGCACAGGGUGGCGGUGUUCUCCGCCGAGAUCUCGCCAGGGCUGAUGGAGGGAGGGGCGAAGGAGGGGCUGGACAUGCUCAACUACAUCGCGUCCAAGGGAUACCGCUGUUACGGCUGCCACACCUCCUUCGAGACUGGCUUCCGCUUCGGCCUCCCUGUCCCCUUCUCCAUGUGGACGCAGCACCUGGGCACGCUCAAGUUCGAGCACAGAGGAGCGAACCAUGGCCAGUGGGACGACAUCGUGUGCGUGUCGAAGAAGGCCAGCGAGGUCUUCAGUGGCCGCAUGUGA